CAAGAGUAAAUCAAAGCAGUACAAAAGAGCAGAAUUGUGGAACUCUGUGGUUUGAAAUCAUCUGUAUUGGGUUACAUGUCAAACUGGGUCCUCUAAUGUUGAUCUUGAUUUGUGUUGAAAUAAUUCCCAGAAUUUUCCCGUUUGCAGCACGUUUCCUGGGGCAAAGUGUUUCCCAAACAGGGUAUGUCGUCCCACCUCCCCUUGCUGCAGGAUAUUUAUAGCACAGUCUUGUGUUAACUCAGCUGCCAUGCGUGUGUGUGUGCGCACACAUGCACAUGGCUGUCUAUGCCACUCUAUUUCAGGCUAGCUUCACCCCUCUCAGUGAGUGACAGUGAGACUGUGUGCCUUGCGUUUGGCCUCAGAUUUUCGGAGUUUCACACAUACAAAACUGUUAUUGGAUAUAUUUUCCCAGUCCAUAGACGAAGCCAUCACAAGAUCAAGGAGGAGAAGAAGCCACCAGCCACUGCUGCCGCCACUGUACAGUCGCCGCCGCCUCUCUCCGCCGUACCGGGAGGAUUCCUCAAACAGCUGGUGAGAGAGACCGAGAAAGAGACGCGUCACAAAGAGCCAGAGCUCAAAGAGGAGAAGGCGCCCCGGAAACUGAGCGAUAACCUGGUCCAGCAUUUCUUACUUCCUGACGAAACUCCCCCAAUACUCGAAGCAGAGAUGGCACUCCGAGCAGAGCAACUGGUGAAUGGGGAACGAAGUCGCCACACCACAAUGACAGAGAAGAAAACAUCUUCUUCCAGGAGGAUAAUGUCACCUGACCCAAACUAUCAGAAUACAGACUCUAAACCCACCUCUCCAGAAAUCAACGGCCAGGAACCGGCUUCCAGUAUAGAAAGUAAUUUAGAAAAAGCUAAGUCUCCAGAGCUACCAGUGGAAAAAGACAGGAAGGAAGCGGUCAAGGUACAAAAGGAAUUUAACGCAGUGAAACAGGAAGUGAAAAAGGUUAGGCAAGAGCCAGACGGUCAACUAGUAACCCCCAUAAGAGAGGAACCCAAGGUACCAGUGAGGGAUGUAUGGUAUGAAGCUGGCAAGGUGUGGUAUUUUCAUAAAGACGGCUUUUCACUCGCCACUCAUCUGAAGCCGGACGAGGGCACCACAGAGCUGCCUGACGGCAGGGUGAGGGUUCGACUAGAGUCAGACGGGUCCAUCCAUGAUGUAACCCAAUAUGAGAUUGAAAAGCUGAAUCCACCUGAGCUGGACCUCUGUGAGGACUUGAGCGAUCUUGUGAGCGUGAACGAGUCGAGUGCCCUUCACACUUUGACCAGUCGAGCUAAAGGGUAUCACCCUCUCACCUAUGCUGGACCCAACCUGCUGGCGAUGUGGCCGCCUCUGUCUCCACCUGGCAAGGGGCUUCGGAGUAGAAGCUGGGAGUCCUGGGAGGCCCCUGGCCCGCUGCAGGCUCUGGUGAGGAGGUUGUAUGUGUCCAUGGUGAGCCAGCGGAAAGACCAGACACUGGUGGCUUUGGGCCGCAGCGGCACGGGCAAGACCACUUCCUGUCAGUCAUUUUCACAGGAGCUGCUCAAACAAGCAGGCACUGCUGGAGGAAGCCUGACCUUAGAGCGGCUGCAGGCAGUGUUUACUGUGCUGCGCUCUUUCGGGUGUGUGAGUUCUGCUCACAGUGAGUCCUCCACCCGAUUCGCUAUGGUGCUGUCUCUGGACUUCAACCACGCUGGACUCGCAGCAGCCGCACACCUGCAGACCAUGCUGCUGGAGAAAUGGCGGGUGUGUCAGAGGCCGGAGGGAGAGAGUAACUUCCUAGUGUUCUCACAGAUGCUGGCAGGCCUCAGCACAGACAUGAGGACUCAGCUACAGCUGCACCAGCUAAAGGAGCACAACUCAUUUGGUAUUACAUGCCCAACCAAGGUGGAUGAAAAGCAAAGAGCUUCAGUGGGUUUUGGGAAACUGCUGGCUGCCAUGAACACAUUGGGAUUCUCAAUGGAUGAGCAGAAAGCCAUUUGGCAUGUUUUGGCAGCAAUAUACCAUCUUGGGGUCGCAGGAGCAUGCAGAGUGGGCCGUAAGCAGUUUAUGAGUUUUGAUAGUGCGCAGACAGCCAGUGCCAUCCUAGGCUGUGAGGGGGAAGAGCUCCAUACGGCUGUCUUCAAACAUCACUUGAGACAGUUACUGCAGAGAGUGACUGGAAGCUUCAGAGAGAGACACUCAACUGAUGAACCAGAGGAAGGUCCUAAACUGAGUCCUGUUCAGUGUGUAGAGGGCAUGGCUGCUGGGCUCUAUGAGGAACUCUUUACCACAAUUGUGUCUCUCAUUAACAGAGCGCUGCACUCUCAGCAGCUAACGCUGGCCUCUGUGAUCGUGGUGGACACCCCGGGCCUGAGGAACCCCAGACACAGCGGGGAGGACCGGGCUGCUGGCUUCUCUGAACUCUGCCACAACUACUUACAGGAGAGACUGCUGGAGCACUACUACAAUCAUACAUUCUCACACACACUGGGGAGAUACACACAGGAAGGAGUGCCUGUGGACUUUUCCGCACCUGAGACGAGUCCUUCAGAGGUGGUGUCUGCUGUUGACCAGCCCGGACUGCAGGUGCGAGGGCCAGAGGGUGACUCUCGUGGAAUCUUGUGGGUUCUGGAUGAAGAGAUGGUCACUCCUGGUUCCACAGAGAGCUCGGUUUUGGAAAGAGUGUGUCAAUACUUCGGUGGGACAGUGCGUCAAUGUGAGCAGCCUCUGCAGUGUGAGAUUGCUCAUCUGAUGGGUUCUGAUCCGGUCCGCUAUGAUCUUUCUGGCUGGUUCAGUCUGGUCCAGAACAAUCCAUCUGCCCUUAAUGCCAGUUCCCUGCUGCAGAAUUCCUCAGUUGGAGUAGUGAAGGCCCUGUUUGGUCCGCGGGCAUCAGUGCCUCCUCUCUGUCGGGGUUUGGGUGGUGUUGAGGGCGUGUCACAGCGUUCAUUGGAGAGGAGCGGCACAGUGCGCAAGACUCUGAGCGGUGGGAUGGCGGCCCUCAGGAGACAUUCUCACUGCAUCUCAGUCAAACUGCAGGCGGAUGCUCUGGUCAAUCUGAUUCGGCGAGCACGACCGGUCUUCCUGCAGUGUCUGAAUGCCAAGACAGUUGGCAGUGGCUUUGAUGUUCCUGCUUUGCGUGUACAGCUGCACUGCACACACCUACUGCCUGCACUACAGCUGUACAGAACAGGUUACCCCGAGCACAUGUCUUUCAGUGAUUUCCGCUGUCGGUUUCAGGCUCUCUCCGCUCCUGUAAUGAAGCGUUAUGGUUCUGUCUUCAUUACUCCAGACGAACGGAAGGCUGUGGAGGAAUUAUUGAUCGAUCUGGAUCUGGACAAGAAAAGCAUUGUUUUGGGUGCAAGCAGGGUGUUUAUGAAGCGUGGUGUUCUGAAGUAUUUAGAUCAACAGAGAGAUCAGUUGGUGAGCAGUUGGCUCGUUGAGCUUCAAGCCGCCUGUCUGGGUCACGUGGGCCGCCAGAAAUAUCGCUGCAUGAAGGUUCAGCAGAUGGCAGUGAGCUGUGUUCAGAGGAAUCUGCGCGUGCUCACUGCAGUCUCCAGCUGGAGCUGGUGGAAGCUGCUGUGCAGAGUGCGCCCCCUGCUGGACGUCAACAUGGAUGACCAGCGGCUCAGAUCCAAAGAGGAGGAGAUCACCGUUUUGAGGAGACGCUUGGAAAAGUCAGAGAAAGAACGAAAUGAGCUGCGUCAGACUGCAGACAACCUGGAGACCAAGGUGACAGCUGUAGUAUCUGAAUUAAGUGAUGAGCGGUUCAGAGGAGAGGCCAUAAGUCAAGCUCUAGAUGUUGAGCGAACUGAAAGAUUGCGGCUAACCAAAGAGAACAAAGAACUGCAGAGUCAUCUGGACCAGAAUAAAGUCUCUCUUGAGUCUCUUGAGAAGCAGUUAGAGGCAGAAAAAGAGAAAGUGAAGAAUAAAGAAGCACUCGGUGGAGUAGCCACAGACAGUGAGCUGCAGCUGCAGUUAGAGUGUGCGCAGACAGAGGUGGAGUUUCUGCGCAGGCGUCUGCGUCAGACAGAGGAAAGACUGGAAGGUGAAAAAGAAGCCCGACAACAGCUGGACACAAAGGUCCAAGAACUGCAGUCUCAGCUAGAACAGUCCAAACGCUCAGUGACAGAUCUAAAACGCCACUGCAGGCGGUUGACCUCUGACCUGCAGGAUGCCCGCGUGCUUACAGACAGCCUGCAGGGCCGCGCUCACGAGCUUGACAGGAAACAGAGGAGGUUUGACAGCGAGUUGACCCAAGCGCUAGAACAGGCUGAUAAUGAGCAGGAACAGAAGGAGAGGAUGAUCCAGGAGAAUACCACCCUCAGAGCCGAGAUCUUCACACUUCGCAAGAUGCUGAAGGAGAGUCAGUCAGAGGUGUCUCACCUGCAGCAGCAGAAGGAGGAGUUGUGUGCUCAGAUUCGUGAUCUCAGUGUUCCACUCCACCUGACUUCAGACUCCAUCCCUGAACUGAAGAAACAGCUGCGUGAGCUGGAGAGCAGAGACAAGGAGCACUCAGAGGAGAUCAACCAGAUGACAGCUAAAAUCAAACAGCACGAGCAGAUGCACCUGCGCUUUGAGUUGGAGAUGGAGAGGAUGAAGCAGAUUCAUCUGAAAGAGCUGGAGGACAAAGACGAGGAGCUUGAGGAUGUGCAGAAGUCCUCACAGAGACGAUUCAGACAGCUGGAGAUGCAGUUGGAACAGGAAUAUGAGGAGAAACAGAUGGUGGUUCAUGAGAAACAUGACUUGGAGGGACUGAUUGCCACUCUGUGUGAACAGGUGGGCCACAGAGACUUUGAUGUGGAGAAGAGGCUGAGGCGAGACCUGAAGCGCACCCACGCCCUGCUCAGUGACACCCAGCUGCUGCUGUCCACCGUUGAUCAGCCCGGGCAGGGUUAUGACCCUGGUGCCAAGGAGCAGCUGGAGAGGCUGCGCUGCCAGUUGGAGGACAGUGAAGCUCGACGGCUGGAGACUGAAAGUGUACAGAAGACUCUUGCCGCAGAGUUGGAGAAUGCUCAGAUGGAGCUGGAGAACAUUUGCAAGCAGAAGGGCCUGGUGGAUGAGCAGCUGGCUCAGCUGCGGUUCGAAAGGACAGACUUGAUGAAGAGACUCGAGGAAGACCAGGAGGACCUCAAUGAGCUCAUGCAGAAGCACAAAGCCCUCAUUGCUCAGUCCUCCAGUGAUAUAUCUCAAAUCAGGGAGCUUCAAGCUGAACUGGAGGAGCUGAAGAAACAGAGACAGGCCCUACAAGAGGAGCUGCAGAAAAGUGUAGCUCGUAUACAGUUCCUGGAUUCGUCUACGGUGGCCCGCAGCAUUGUGAGCAAGCAGGAAGCUCGUAUCUGUGAUCUGGAGAACAAACUGGAGUUCCAGAGAGGACAGGUCAAGAGAUUUGAGGUCUUGGUUCUGCGUCUGAGGGACAGUGUGGUCCGGCUGGGAGAGGAACUGGAGCAGGCGGCCCAGGCUGAGGCCAGAGAGAGAGAUAACUCCAGAUACUAUCAGCAGAGACUGGCGGAUAUGAGACUGGAAAUGGAAGACCUGAGUGUCAGAGAGCAGGAGAGCAGCCGGCGACGCAUGGAUCUGGAAAUGCAAGUGGAAGAGCUUAGCGCAGUAAGACAGACGCUGCAAGCCGAUCUAGAGACAUCGAUCCGGCGUAUCGUUGAUCUACAAGCUGCCCUGGAGGAGGUGGAGUCAAGUGAUGACAGCGACACUGAAAGUGUGCAGACGGCUGUGGAGUCCUUCACUAGAAAGAAAGAUCUUGACAGUAUGUCCAGCGUUGGUUCCAGUGUGGGUACAGAAGAUGUUGGUGAAGGUAUCCGUCAUUGGAUGGGUGUGCCACGAAGGGCCAGAGGAGGCGAAACUUCUCCUUACGCAGGAAGCAGUUCUGGCCGCCAAUCUGUUACUGACACCAUGAGCACCUACAGUUUCAGGUCUUGCUCUCAGGACCUGGACGAAGAUGCCAAAGAAAGUUCUGUAGGUCUUGGCAAAGCGUCGUCUUCCACGGCCCUGUCUGAACUUCUGGAGGGUUUGAGGAAGAAGCGUGCUGGGUGGGAAAGAGGCUCAGAGGCAGGUGAGGGUAGCACCGUGUCCCUACCCAUCUAUCAGACCACAGGGGCCUCCACACUCCGUCGCAGAGCCUCAGCGCUGUCACUAGAAGCAGAAGAAGGUCUGGAGGACCUGCCCCGACCUGGCAUACUAAAACCUCCCAGUCCCCAUCUACCUCGUGCCUCCAGUCUACGCACCCUGUCCGAUGCGGGACCAACUUCUUCCACAACCACAUCUACCACAGGAAAGAUUGGUCGCUACAGUUCCUGCGACUCCCUCACAUCCGUGACCUCCGCUGCAAGUUCCCGCCACCACUUGUCCAGCCUUGCUAUCCCGGAGGAAAGUGAGGAGGAGCCCAGCAUGAAAGCCCUGCCCCCUGUUGGCUCCUAUCAGCCAAUCCGUCGUCGUCUACUUGGAGGUCUGGUGGCCGAGGGUGGAGAGUCUCAACUAGGGGCAGAGCCUCUUGUGUUCCAGAAUCGGCGACACCUUGGCAACCAAGACAAGGGAAGGGCAGGAGAUGAUGUAGGGGAUGCCAACUUGGACAUUCUCCCAGCAAUCCGACGAGUGCCGUCCACCAGCAGCCUGGCAUCUAGUAGCUCCAGAGGGGGCCAGAGACGAGCCCUCAGUGUGCAUUUUGGGGAGUUGCCCCCACCAAGAUUGGCACGUAGGGAGUCUGACUCGGAUUCCUCAAGUUCUGGAGGAUCUCAGCAGCGCCGUGGGCCUCAGGGAGAGAGGUUGGAAGCCGAGGGCAGUGAGGAUGUCAACUCCGUGAUGAAGAAGUACCUCAAAAAAGCAGAAGUCGAUUAGCAGGCUCAACGAGGUUAAGCUUAAAUAUCCACUGACCUGCCUUACAUGAAAAGGGAUAGUUCACCCAAAAAUGGAAAAUGUCAUUUACUAACCGACUUAGUUCAGAAUGGCAUUUUGAACAUAAAAACCCUCAUGGAGUUGAACACCAAAUUAGAAGUUUAAGAAUUGUCAUACCACUCUCUAUCGUAGAAUGAAAGUACAUUAAAAGUAGUUCUUAUGUGUUAUAUUCAAAGCCUUCUUAAGCCAUACGAUAGCUUGUGGUUUUGGACUGACAUACAAAUGACAGAAUUUUCAUUUCGGAUGAACUAGCCUUUACACAAUACUGUUUAAAAAAAAUCUGAAAAAUGAGCAACAUAUGGAAAUAUAUUUAAUUGUGAGAAACUGUUAACCAUUUAAUCAGUCUUUUUUCUAAUGACAGUAUAGAAGAAAGCAUGGAGAAUCAUCCAUGUAGAAUGCAUUGAGGCAUAUUUACUGGAAGCACAAAUACACUUGAGAAAUUAUUUUGAACACUGUUUGUACACAUGAAUAAAGAUGUUAAAGUGAGAAUGCUCAUUUAAUUCCUUAUAUUCUCACAGUAAACAAGCCCUUGGUUUGAGCCACGCUGAUGCCUGGGGUGUGCAUCAGGUCAAGGAAAUGAAUCUUGACCAGCAAGCGCUCUUUCUCCCUCACAGCAGUCAGUGUAAAUUUGUUGAAUGCCAACAGAUGUAAAUAAAAAUGUCAA